AUUGGAACAAGACGUGCUAUGAUUGUCAGAUUUGUUUUAUAUUAUUCGCUGCCUAAACAUUAGAUGCUGUAUGGAUCAUUACGAGUUGUCCAUCUGAUCCUCAGGAUUGCAUUCUUUCAUUAUUGAUCGUGCUUAUUUUUUUCUAUUUAACGAUGGAACAUGGAGGACAAAGGCGUAGAUGGGUGUACUGGUGGGUUGUUCUGCGUUUCUCUCUUCUGCUGUGCUUCGGAGAGAAGGUUUCAGCACAGAUAAGGUACUCUAUUCCAGAGGAGGUGAAAGAGGGAUCCGUUGUUGGAAAUGUUGCUAAGGAUUUGGGUCUCGACGUCAGUACUUUGGUGGAGAGACGGUUUCGUAUCGUUUCUGGAACUAAAGAAGAUAUUUUCCAGGUAAAUCAGAACAAUGGAGUCUUGUACGUUCAUAAGAAUAUCGACAGAGAGGAGCUCUGUGAUGGCAAUAUUGCAUGUUUGAUAAACCUGAAAAUGGUUGUUGAAAAUCCGUUAGAAAUACAUUACGCCGGAAUAGAAAUCACGGAUGUUAAUGAUAACUCGCCCAAUUUUCAAGAGAAAGACAAACUAGUUGAUAUUUCGGAAUCUACUCUUUCUGGCAAGCGACUCCAGUUACCAGCCGCGCGUGAUCCUGAUGUUGGCGUUAAUGCAGUACGUGUCUAUAAAUUGAGUCACAAUGAACAUUUUGAUUUGCAAAUAAGAGAAAGAGGAGAAGAUAAAAUUCCCUUCUUAGUUUUACAAAAACCCUUGGAUAGAGAGAAACAAUCUGAACAUAGACUAGUUUUAACUGCAGUCGAUGGUGGAAGUCCCCAGAGGUCAGGGACUCUUAAUGUCACUAUCACUGUUCUCGAUUCGAAUGACAACAAUCCUGUAUUUAGUCAUGAGGUAUACUCGGUCACAUUGCCUGAAAAUGUCCAACCCGGAACUAUUGUACUCAACGUCAAGGCAACAGAUUUGGACGACGGUUCCAAUGGUGACGUUGAAUAUUUAUUUGGUAGUGAACUUCUUCCCAAGAUAUAUGAUGUAUUUAGUUUAGAUAAAGCUACAGGUGCAAUUCGUGUUAAAGGUUACGUUGACUUCGAGGACAUUGACACAUAUAAACUAGACGUCCAUGCCACUGACAAAGGGCAGCCCCCAAUGAGUACGGAUUGUCGAGUCAUUAUAAAGAUACUCGAUUUAAACGACAAUAAACCCGAAAUAGAGGUGACAUCCCUCUCUAGUAUGGUGGCCGAAGAUUCAAAACCAGGAACUAUUAUUUCUCUAAUUAGUGUGACAGAUAAAGACUCUGGUAUUAAUUGUAAAGUUGUAUGCAGUCUUUCAGACGAUGUACCUUUCGAAUUAAAGCCCUCAUACCAAGAUAAUAUGUAUUCUUUAGUGACCAGACAACGUUUGGAUCGUGAACUCGUGUCCCAUUACGACAUCACAAUAACUGCCACUGACUGUGGUCAGCCUCCUCUGUACACAUUCAAAACUCUGAGCGUCCAGAUAUCAGAUGUAAAUGAUAACAGUCCAGAAUUCUCCCAAACCCCCCUUGAGCUGUACUUAGUGGAAAACAACGCCCCUGGUGCAUCUAUAUUCUCUGUAAGCGCUUCUGAUAAAGACUUGAAUGAAAACGCUGCGAUUUCAUAUCACAUAAUUAGAGGAGAAGGGACACAGAAUGAUAUGGCUUCUUUUUUAAAUAUCAAUUCUGAUAAUGGACAUAUCUCCGCGCUCAAAAGCUUUGACUUUGAAACUUUAAAAACAUUCCAUUUCCAAGUUGUAGCUACAGACUCUGGAACUCCGUCACAAAGCACCAACGUCACAGUCAACGUGUUCAUUCUGGAUCAGAACGACAACGCUCCAGUGAUCUUGUAUCCAGUCAGCACUAACGGUUCCGCUGAAGGUGUGGAGGAGAUUACCCGCAAUGUGAACGCAGGCCAUUUGGUGACUAAAGUGAGAGCCUAUGACGCUGAUAUAGGAUAUAACGGCUGGUUAUUAUUUUCACUGCAGGAAGUUACUGACCACAGUCUCUUUGCUUUGGACCGCUAUACAGGACAGAUAAGGACACUUCGGUCAUUCACCGAGACAGACGAGGCUGAGCAUAAACUGGUCAUACUGGUAAAAGACAAUGGGAACGUUUCACUGUCAGCAACAGCUACUGUGAUUAUCAAGGUUGUGGAGCCCAAAGAGGCAUUUGCAGCUUCUGAUGUUAAAAGUUCAGUAAAAGACGAGGAGGAGAACAGCGUUACAUUUUAUUUGAUCAUUACUUUGGGGUCAGUUUCAACGUUUUUUCUCAUCAGUAUCAUCGUGUUGAUUCUAAUGCAGUGCUCCAAACCCACAGACUAUUCCUCCAAGUAUUUACAAGAUGUGAAUUACGACGGGACACUGUGCCACAGCAUCCAGUACAGAUCCGGAGACAAUCGGUACAUGUUAGUUGGACCCCGAAUGAGUAUAGGUUCUACUAUAGUCCCGGGAAUCAAUGGGAAUACUCUAGUGGUUCCCUCAGAUCAAAGGAGAGCUUCUGGAGAGCAGCGGAUGCUGGCCAUGGUGCUGAACUACCAGCUCACCGAUUAG